GGCGCAGACUCUGCACUCGGCUGUUUAUGUUCUGUGCAGGGUGGAGGAAAGCAUCUGCUAAGCAUGAGAGCCGGGGUGCUGUGGCUCAUUCCUUUCUUCACUCUGGUGGACACCCAGCGCGGCAUCCUAGGGAGAAACGGUGGCAUGAAGAGCAAUGGGGCACAUGGUGCGGAUAAGAGAAAACCUGCGGGUGGAGAAUAUGAGCUGCUGCUCCAAAUGACCUACAGAGAUUCCAAGGAGAAGAGAGACUUGGAGAGUUUUCUGAAGCUCUUGAAAUCUCCAUCACCCUGUCUGCAUGAGCCAACGAAGAUAAUCAGGGUGAAGGCCACCACAUAUUGCAGCCGGCAGAGUAGAGUCCUCCGGUGUCUCUGUGAGGACGGCUAUACCUGGUUUCCUCCCUCGUGUCUGGACCCACAGCACUGCCGCCUUCGCAGGACGGGGCCCCUCCCCAGCUGCGAGUGUCCCCGCAACAGCCUGGGCCACAGCGUCAACUUCUGCGAGAGAGCAAAGGUUUGGGGCACUUUCAAAAUUAACAAAAGAUUUACAGAAGAUCUUUGGAAUUCAUCCUCUACUGUAUACACCAACUAUAAAAAUAGAAUUGAAAGUCAGCUUAAGGAAGUCUACGAAGGAAUUCCAGGUUUUGACUCGAUUCACGUCACCCAGUUUCGAGAAGGAAGCAUCGUGGUGGGGUAUGAGGUCAUCGGCUCCCGCAGCACCUCCGAGCUGCUCUCCAGCCUGGCACAGAUGGCUGACAAGGCAAAGGCUUCCCUGGGCAAGCUGUUUCCUCUAGAAGACGGCUCUUUCCGAAUAUUUGGGAAAGCCCCCUGCAACAGCGUGUUCUUCGGCUUUGGGUCUGAGGAUGAUGAGUACGUCCUCCCCUGCACCAGUGGGUACACGGGGACCGUCACAGCCAGGUGCCUGAGCGCGGGGUGGCAGGUCAGCCGGGAGUCCUGUGUGCUCUCACAGCUGAAGGAACUGCAGAAGAAUUUCAGUGUGAUUGCAGGCAACGCCACCGAGGAAGAUAUUUCAUCUCUGGUGCAAAAUCUUUCGGUCAUCAUUCAGAAAAGCCCAUCAACUACAGCGGGGAACCUGGCGUCAGUGGUGUCAAUUCUGGGCAACAUUUCAUCCCUGUCCCUGGCAAACCAUCUCAAGGUGUCCAACUUGACAUUGAAGAACAUCAUCAACAUAGCUGACCACAUUCUUAAUUUGGCAUCAAUAACGAACUGGACCGUUUUGCUGCAAGAUGACAAGCAGGCCAGCUCACAGUUGCUGGAGACAUUAGAGAACAUCAGCAUUCUGGUACCUUCUACCGCGCUGCCUCUGAGUUUUUCUCGGGAAUUCAUUGACUGGAAAGGGAUUCCCAUGACCCCAAGCCGAGACCCCCGUGGUUACAGCUAUCAGGUUCAACUGAUGCAGCCGAAUGCCUCUGUUCCCACCACCGGCCACGUGCUCAUCCGGGCGGACCAGUUCCAGAAAUCCCUUCCAGAAGCCAUCAUCAGCAUGGCCUCACUGACCUUCGGGGCCAUCCUGCCGAUUACCCCGAAGGAUGUCGCCCAGGUCAACGGGCCCGUGCUGUCCACGCUCAUCCCCAACUACUCCAUCCAUGAAAUCUUCCUGCGCUUCUCCAAGAUGAAGCCACACCUGCAGCAGCCUCGCUGCGUCUUCUGGGAUUUCGGCCGCUUGCAGUGGGACAGUGCCGGCUGCCACCUGGUGAACGAGACUCCGGAGGCCGUGCUGUGUCGCUGCACGCACCUGACCUCCUUCUCCAUUCUGAUGUCCCCCUACGUACCCCCCGGGGUCACCUCUGCGCUCACCUGGAUCACGCACGUGGGCCUGGGGGUCUCCAUCGCCAGUCUGAUCCUGUGCCUCCUGCUCGAGGCUCUGUGCUGGAAGCAGACCAGGAGAAACCCAACGUCCUUCUCACGCCACGUCUGCCUGGUGAACAUCGCCCUGUCCCUCUUGGCUGCUGACGUCUGGUUUAUCGUGGCUGCGACCCUGGACGCGGCCCUGGUCUUCUCUUCUCUGUGCAGCGCCGCGGUCUUCUUCACGCAUCUCUUCUACCUCUCUCUGUUCUUCUGGAUGCUGGCGCUGGCUCUCUUGCUGGCUUACCGCCUGGCGCUGGUGUUCCACCACGUGGCCAUGUCUCUGAUGAUGGCGAUCGGAUUCGGCCUGGGCUACGGGUGUCCUCUCCUCAUAGCCAUUGUCACGAUCGCAGCCAUCCCGCCCGGCCAUGGCUACCAGAGGACAGACGUGUGCUGGCUGAACUGGUCCCACAGGAGCAAGCCUCUCCUGGCGUUCGUGGUCCCCGCGUUGAUGAUCGUGGUGGUGAACUCCGCCGUGGUGCUGCUUGUUCUCAGGAAGCUCUGGAGGCCGGCUGUGGGAGAAAGGCUGAAUCGGGACGACAGGGCCACGGUGAUUCGCAUGGGGAAGAGUCUCCUCAUCCUGGCCCCUUUGCUAGGCCUCACCUGGGGCUUUGGGGUAGGGACCAUGGUGGACAGCCACAACGUGGUUUGGCACGUGCUCUUUGCUCUAUUCAACGCGUUCCAGGGCUUUUUCAUCCUUUGCUUUGGAAUUCUCUCAGAUAGCAAGCUGCGACAACUUCUGUGCAACAAGUUGCCUCCAUUAAGUUCUUGGAAGCAAACUUCAAAGCAAAACACAUCAGAUCCUUCCUCUAAACCCAAAUGCCUGAAGCCUUUCCAUCUCCUACAAAACAAAGGCAAUUAUACACUUUCUCAUACUGGAAGUUCCUCCACCAGCAUCACGCUAACUCAGUUUUUGUCAAAUGAAUAAGACAGAUCUAUAAACUCAAGGGCAACAUUUUUUUUUGACAUUUUGUCAGUGAAGACAUUAUACCUAGAAUCAAAUGGAAUGUUCUGAUUUAAGAGUCUCAGAAAAAGAUAGAUAAUUUCUGUGGCUUUAUCACUCACAGCCUCCUUGGUCUGAAAUUAAAUGGAAAGAGAUUUUACUUCUUUGUAGUUUCUUCCUAGGAAAUUG